AGUACAUAAUACAUAUUAUUAUAAUUAUUAUGUGACUGUAAAUAUUUUAAUUUUUGUUGUAUGUUAUUUGUUACCAUAAUGUACCCAACCACUCCACCGCCCCAAAAAAAAAAAUCCACCAUGACGCCUAGGCGUCAUAAAAUCUAAUUCAGCACCCUACUGUGUGCACCAAUAUAAUUUGUUUCAAAUUUAUUUUGCCAUUACAUUUUUAACCGUAUUAUUAAAAAUAAUGAUAGAUAGGUAAUAAGCAGCUGUUAAUAACAUAUUAUUUAAUCUUAUUGACCCUGGUUAUUAUGUUCAAAUGUAGUAUAUUACCUUUAUUGUGAUAAUAAUUAAUAACUAAAAAAUAUGUUCCGUGCAGGUAAAUGAUCCUUUGAAGUUUGAAGUAUAUUAUUGUAAAAUUAUUAUGACCUUCAGAAAUCAAAGUAGUAGGUAGGUACUAUAGGUACCCAAAUACCUAAUGGCCAAUACCAACUAGUAGGUAGUGUAUAAUAGUAUUAUGAAUAACUCCAAGUGAACGUUUUGAAUCCAUUAAUUCUUUGAUGACCAACUAGUUCAGACUCUUCAGAUUUACCUAUUGGUUCUUAACUUUUAAGGGAUAAUGACGUGGUGCUUUAGCUUGUAUUUAGUACAAAUAUGCAUUACGGUCGGCGUAUCUGCACACAAAUGCAAUGUCGAUCAAGCUAUGAAAAACCAACAAGUGGUACCUGAUGUCAUUCCCGUUGCUCCCAAAGAAGUUGUACAAGUAAAUUAUAUGAGUGGUGCGAAAGCUUUACUUGGAAAUGAACUUACACCCACCAAGGUGAAAGACCAGCCGUCAGUUAGUUGGAAUGCUGAUCCUAAUUCAUUUUAUACACUAUGUUUGACCGAGCCUGAUGCUCCGAGCCGGGCUGAGCCUAUACAAAGGGAAUGGCAUCAUUGGUUGGUAGGAAACAUACCCGGUGGAAAUGUGAGCCUGGGAGAAACGCUUUCCGGAUACAUAGGUUCUGGACCUCCACCAAACAUAGGGCUUAAUCGUUAUGUGUUUUUAGUAUACCAACAACCGUCAAAACUGUCAUUCGAUGAACCGCGUUUAAGUAAUAGAUCUGUCGAACAUCGUAACAAAUUUUCAGUCAAUGAGUUUGCAUUGAAGUACAAUCUAGGAACACCUGUGGCUGGUAAUUUUUAUCUAGCCCAAUACGAUGAUUAUGUUCCAAUAUUAUACCAAUUAUUAGGAAUAAAUUAAUUUAAUUUCAAGUUAAAUCAAAACUAACCUAUAGUAAGUUUGUAAUUAUAAAUGAUUCCCAAUUAUUGAUGUAGAAAAUAUUAUUGAAGUGACUAUUUGACUUUUUAAGUCUGCAUUUUUUUUUGUAUAAUAAUUAUGUUACCUAGUUGGUAGAUACCCACCUAUACCUAUGUUCUUUCUACUUCACUAUUGUGUUUAUGAAUAAAUUGCAUUAUUAAUAUUUUGUACUAUUUUUGUGAUGAAAGUGUUUAAUAUAUACAAAUCACAACAAAAAU